UCCGGGUGUUGUCAAACAGCAGAAAACCCCUGUCAUACGAGGUAUGAAAAGUGCAACUACCAAGUCUUGACAGUUAAUUAACACAACUUACUUGGGGUAGCAAAUAGUUCACGAGCUGCCACACUUGUCAGCACAUCGGCACAGUUUACGCUGUGUGAAUUGUGGAUUCCCACUUCGAAGAAACUGAUGCAACAUGGCAACAAGGCACGUAAUGCAAGGACAUUAUCGUCUACUACGGACAAUCACGAGGGUUGUACAAGAACACAGCGGUCAGUCUAAUUCAAUUUCUGUGAAAGUUUCCAGACAUUGUUCUGGGUCAACAUCAGCUGGAACACAUCGGGACAAAAGUGAUCAACACUCAACAACAAACCAAAGUUCCAGAGGCGACGGUGACAGUUCCUCAAGCCGACCAACUCUCCUCAGUUCAGUUGCACUUGGCCUCGGAGUUUUCGGUGCUGGUGCAGCCCUAGCAUACCACAGCAAACGCAAAGACAGCAGUGUUCUGUUAGAAAACAGACUUUCGGGACUUACUGACUCGAUACUGAAAAACGUUCUCCCCACUGCGCACUGCGCCUCGCCAUUCAAACCAGACAGUCCGAGAUACAAAUACAACUUCAUCGCAGAUGUCGUGGAGAAAUCGACCCCUGCUGUUGUGUACAUCGAGAUUGUUGGAAGGCACCCUUUCUCAGGUAGGGAAGUGGCCAUCUCCAACGGCUCCGGAUUUAUCAUCAGCAGCGACGGCCUCAUCGUCACCAAUGCGCACGUUGUGGCCAACAAACGGGGCGUGAGGGUCAAGCUGACCAACGGGGAAUCCUACAACGCCACCGUGCAGGACGUGGAUCAGGUGGCAGACAUCGCCACCAUCAAAAUAAACCCCAGGCAUCCGUUGCCAACGCUGCGCCUGGGCAAGUCGUCGGAGGUGCGUCAGGGGGAGUUUGUGGUGGCCAUGGGGAGCCCCUUCGCCCUGCGCAACACCAUCACCUCCGGCAUCGUCAGCUCGGCCCAGCGCGGCAGCAAGGAGCUGGGCCUCUCCAACCACAACAUGGACUACAUCCAGACCGACGCCGCCAUCGACUUUGGAAACUCCGGUGGCCCGCUGAUCAACCUGGAUGGUGAGGUCAUUGGCAUCAACACCAUGAAGGUGACAGCUGGGAUUUCGUUUGCCAUUCCCUCCGACAGACUGCAGGUUUUCCUGGACCGCUCGGCAGACAAGCAGAAGUCGUGGUUUGGGGAUACAGGAGGAAAACGCAGAUACAUUGGAGUGAUGAUGCUCACUCUUACACCCAGCAUCAUCGAUGAACUGAAGAUGCGUGACCAUAAGUUUCCUGAGGUCAGCCAUGGCAUCCUCAUACAUCGAGUCAUCACCGGCUCCCCAGCACACAGAGCCGGCAUGAAGCCCGGGGACGUGGUGGUGGAGAUCAACGGCACCAAGGUGAACACCUCGGAGGAGAUCUACAACGCAGUGAGGAACCACGACUCCAUCAGCAUGGUGAUCAGGAGAGGAGAAGACCUGCUCAUGCUGCACAUGACUCCAGAAUACACAGAGUGACCUCAUCAACUCGCGCCAUUCACCCACAGACUAGACUAGACGGGAAGAAGUGGAAGGAUUACUCACUUUGACGAUAUAAUGAAGAAAGAAGAAUGAGAAGAAUUUCGUAUCGAGGUAGAGAGACGUGAAAGAGAGACUUCUGUGGGACAGCAGAGGAAAUUUUAUGAAGAUAAAAGAAGGUGCCUAAAACAAGGUGGUGGACUGGAGAAACGGGAUGAGAAAUGAGCUGGUGGCCACUUGGUUGGCUGGUGGUUUUUAAUGUUCUGUUCAAGACUCUUUUUCAGAAGAGACUUCAGUGGUGCUAAUGUAGACCGAUUGCAAGGCUUGUGUUAUUGACAGAAAGAAGAGAUGAAAGACAAGUAGCAUUAAGAAAGUGUUGCAGGUACACCAAACCAUGUGGGAACAGUGAGUACAUGUAUACCCAAAGAUCUGCUUCUUUUCCAGGGCUUGCCAUUUCACAGCACUCAUCACCAAGCAGUAUUUCCUCUGAAGGAAUAAACAAAAAAGUAUUUAUGACUACAAACUGUAUCCUGUAGGACUUUUUGUAUUACACACAAGUGGACAUUUCUAACUUGACAUUUAUACUUCAGGCUUUGGGGUUGAGCCAGGAAGAUGUUAAGAUUACUUAACUCAGUAAGAAACUGUGACUUUAUGUAAGAAUGUUACUUAACAUUAUAGUUAUGACAUGUUGGGAGCGUAUGUUUUAGCAUUUUAAGUCUAUGGAAACAGUUUAUUUCUCAUAACCACUGGAUUCUAGAAAUAUGUGCAUUAAAUAUGUAAAAUAUAGACAACACUCUCUCUGGCUUUCUGUCUAAACCUCAAUGUGGCGGAGUGUUUCAGACAGACCUUUCUCAUCAAAACAAUUGCUGACAUGGAUAAUGGUUCAAGUUAAAAGUGCGGUUCCAGUUUCCGUCUUGAAGCCUCUGAGCUAUUUUGCUUGGGUUUGUUGGUAUUUGAAAUCGGCAGUAAAACAAAUUACAUCAAUGUCCUACAAUGUUGCUAGAGGGCUGGCUGUGUUUAUACCUCUCUCCAGGGCUAGACUGGGCGAGAAAUAGGGCCCGGCCACUUUUGGCUUAAAGGGGCCCCUCAUAAUUAGCGGCACAGAACUGACUCACCGGUGGGCCCCGUACCCUCGUGGGCCCCUAUUUUCAGAAAUGUUGAAAAGAAAAGAAAAAGGUUUUUUCUUACAUUUAUGAAAAUAGGGGCCCACGAGGGUGCGGGGCCCACCGGGAAAUGCCUGCUAUGCCAGAUGGCCAGUCCAGCCCUGCCACUCUCUGUGCUAUUGUUUCCCCUUUAAGACCAUUUGGAAUACAAGGAUGAUUUUCAAAAGGACGUACAAAAACUGUGCAGAGAAUAGUUAUUCGGUAAAAGUGUUAGCUGUCAAGAGAGACCAUAUGGCAAUCAUCUCAUGGUGUUUUCAAGAACAUUCCACAUUUCAAAAUGUAUGUUUUUUUUAUUCUCGGGCACAGUGCAGAAAUGUCAUCAUUUAUCACACACACUGAUUUGUUUGAACAUUCACUGAUGGGACAAACAGAGAGGUGGAUGAGAUGGGGGUCUGAAAUGAUGGAGCAGCUAUUGAAAUACUGAAGAUGUCAGCUAUGACUUACACACACGACAUGUUUAAAAUAAAAGUUUAACAUUUUAUUUAAACGUUUCAAAAAAGAAAAGAUGGCUACAAAAAUGGAAUGUGCAUAUUAAAAUCCCUGUGAUCAAGCAGUGCUGAAAUAUGGACAUGAAAAAUGGACAUCAUAUUCCAGAAAAAAACACAAUACAUUUUCAUAGUUUUGACUUUUAGCUUAAAAAAAACAUUCAUUCAAUCACUCAAAGUGACAUCUAGGAAAUGGCUGUAGACCAUACAGACACACUCACACACAUACAGUAUACACAUUAAGACGAUAGGAAUAGGGUUGACCUGUUAACCGCUGAUACAUGCCUACUGGCUGUUUGUGACUCCCAAGACGUGUUGAACAAAUUCAAUGAUUUGUAAGUAGGGGCGUACCCCAAUGUACC